GCAUAAGUACCUAGGGAAGGGCGCAGGUGAUGCACCUGUCCCGGGAAAGGAGCCCUAGCACAGGUGUGUCACAACUCAGCAGCCACCUGGGUUAGAGCAUGAGCUUCUUUGACCCACAGACGCACUCCCCUCCGCGCUGCAGCCCACAGUUCCCAAACAUCGGCCAGGAGCCUCCGGAGAUGAAUAUCUACUACGAGAACUUCUUCCACCCGCAGAACAUCCCGAGCCCCCAGCGACCCAGCACCUUUGAGACCACGGAUUACAACGCCACUCCCAACCCUUACCUCUGGCUAAACGGGCCUUCCAUCACCCCGCCACCGUAUCUGCCAGGAUCCAACACCAGCCCCUUCAUUCCGCAGUCGUACGGGAUGCAGAGGCAGCUCCUGCCUAACAUGCACAGCCUGGGAGGAACUGACCUUGGCUGGCUUCCCCUCCCGUCCCAAGAGGAGCUCAUGAAGCUGGUGAGACCACCUUACUCCUACUCUGCCCUCAUUGCCAUGGCCAUCCACGGGGCACCUGACAAGAGGCUGACUCUCAGCCAGAUCUACCAGUACGUGGCUGACAACUUCCCGUUCUACAACAAAAGCAAAGCUGGCUGGCAGAACUCCAUACGGCACAACUUGUCUCUCAACGACUGCUUCAAGAAGGUGCCUCGAGACGAAGAUGAUCCAGGAAAAGGGAAUUACUGGACUCUGGACCCAAACUGUGAAAAGAUGUUUGACAAUGGAAACUUUCGCAGGAAGAGGAAGAGAAAGUCUGACAUUGAGACCAGCGCUGCUACUCUUGCAUCUGAGAAAUCCGAGGACAGUGCCCUGACUGGCAGCCCCAAAGCUGCAGAGCACCAGGAUAUCUUGGAAAAUUCAUCACCUGGGACUGACAGUUCACCUGAGAAAGGAUCUCCUCCUCCCUCUUCCAGCAGCCCGUGCCUCAGUAACUUCCUCUCCAGCAUGACCGCCUAUGUCCACGGCUCCAGCUCGGGGAGCCGCUCCGGGCCCGUGGGACUCAGCUCUGAACCCAUUGACAAAAUGGGGCAGAACAUGGUAGGCUUCAAUUCCUAUUCCCCACUCUCCAGCAUCCCCAGCCACGGCGUGGGAGACUGGUCCAAUUCCAUGCCUUCUGGUCACCUUGGCCACAGCAGCUCGGUGCUCAACCAGUUUAACACCCAUUUUUACAGCAGCCUCAGCACAAACAACACCCUGUACUCCAGGGAAGGGACAGAGGUUUAAAUGAAGGAUUUAGGACACUAGAGGAUAGUUAUUUAUGAGAGGAAAUGAUCCAUGGGCAGGUGAUUAGCAUUAGCCUCUUGUCUCUAGGGCCACACUGCAUCCUCCUCCUGACAGCCACCAACUUGUUACCCUUUAUACUGAAAUCACAAACACUCCACAUUUGGCUGCUGCACAUGAAAAAACAGAGAUCAUACGAGGAAGAACAGUGAAAAGUUCUCCUCAGACACUGCUUGUGCUGCUGCAACCAAGGUCCUCUACAGAAGUCCUUGAGAAGUUACAGUUUGCCUUAGGCAGGAGGCUUUUCUGGCAUGGCAUUAACAUUGCUGUGCUUCUUAAAGUGAUAACAGAAGAGCAGUGGUACCUUUAAAUCUCCUGUCUUCAGGUAUAGGCUGUCUGUACUAAAUGCUCAGCAAGUUCUUACUUGACCAAAGCCCUCCUGAACACUGCAGAAUCCAUACUAAACCCCACUGUAUAGUGAGUCUACACUCGAAUAGUGAGUGCUGUCUUUGGCUUUGUCUCACACCAGGACAGACCUUGUCUAAAGCUUGACCCCCUUUCAGUCCC